GCUGCCAGGAGAGUGAUCUUGCUUUCGGGAACCCCUGCCAUGUCACGGCCUGCGGAGCUCUACACACAGAUUGCGGCUGUCCAGCCAGCCUUCUUCCCGCAGUUCCACUCCUUUGGGCUCCGCUACUGUGAUGCCAGGAAGAUGCCAUGGGGUUGGGACUACUCUGGAUCAUCCAACUUAACUGAACUGAAAAUUUUGCUGGAAGAGUCCAUCAUGAUCCGACGUCUGAAAUCAGAUGUGCUUUCCCAGCUUCCAGCAAAGCAGCGCAAAAUGGUUGUGGUGGCUCCUGAAGGCAUUAGUGCAAAGACCAAAGCUGUCUUGGCAGCUGAAGCAAAGAAGAUGGCCAAAGGAUAUGCAAAUAAACAACAGCAGAAGGAAGCUCUUCUCCUCUUCUACAACAGAACAGCAGAAGCUAAAAUGCAUUCCGUCGUAGAAUACAUCCUGGAGUUACUGGAAAGUGGGAAUGAUAAAUUCCUGGUGUUUGCUCAUCACAAGAUAAUGCUGGAUGCAAUAGGUGGAGAGCUGGAGAAGAAACAUGUUGAAUACAUUCGCAUUGAUGGCUCCACACCUUCAGCCGAGCGGCAGUCUCUGUGCCAGAAGUUCCAGUUCUCAGAGAAGCAGGUUGUGGCUGUCCUGUCCCUCACCGCUGCAAACAUGGGCCUGACGUUGUCUGCUGCGGACCUGGUGGUGUUUGCAGAGCUCUUCUGGAAUCCGGGGGUUUUGAUCCAAGCAGAAGAUCGGGCACAUCGAAUUGGACAGACCAGCUCUGUUAAUGUACACUACCUGGUGGCUAAAGGCACAGCAGAUGACUACUUAUGGCCAAUGAUUCAAGAGAAAAUUAAAGUGCUGGGGGAAGCUGGUCUUUCAGAAACUAAUUUCUCCAGAACAGCUGAAUCCACUAAUUACUGCCCUAAGCCAGAUCCAAAGCAGAAGACCAUCUACGACCUAUUCCAGACAACAUUCUCUGAGACCAGAGAUGAUACUGAUGACAUUUUGCUUUUGGAGGCAGCUGAUGCAUGCUGUGAGUUUGACUCUUGCAGUGACUUGCAACAUACAGAAGGAGAGACGUGUUCAGCGAGUCCCCCCAAAAAGCGGCGUAUUGAGGAGUUUUUUAAAGUGUAA